CCUUUUCAACUCGAUAAUAUAUUUUGGUUGUCAUCAACAUGAGUUAAUUGAAUAUAUCAUAUUGUAUUUGACAUGGAUGAAAAAGGAUCCCUGACUGAAGACGGGAAACCAUCAAGGUCGCUUCUACUCUAUUUUUACGCUAAGCUAUCAAACUGGUUAACAAUGGAAGGGAUACUCUACGAGCCUCAUUACAAGUGUUUUAUUGGCCCUUUGUCGGAUUUCUUUCUCCGACUUUACAAGAGGCUAUCAUGAUAAUUCGACUCUCCAAAUUUCAUCAUACUCAAUAUGGAGUUUAAUGAGCAACCCAUUAAGAGGGAGAAGUCCUCGGCAAGCUCCUCAAGAGCCUCGUCCCGCUCCCCCUCCCACUCCGCCAAAGUGAAGCAACCACGAGAGCCUACCGAAAAGGAGAUAAAGAUCCUGGAAGCAUGCAAAUGGAGAGAUUUGGAAACGAUUAGAGAAUUGGCAACAUCGAAAGAUGGCUUGGUCUCAGAUGAAGUUCGUCGUCAAGCGUGGCCUAUACUCCUCGGUUGUGACAACGAACACGGCGACACAAAGGGCGAUUUGACUAGCUGGAAGGAACUGCCAAAGCAUGGGGAUGAGGACCAGGUUGCGCUGGAUGUCAAUCGGUCUUUCAUAUACUAUCCGAAUGAUCAAACUUCGAAAGAGAUUGGCCAUAGGAAGGAAGAACUAUCUGACCUCAUCAUCGAAGUCCUACGUCGCAAUCCUUAUCUUUGCUACUUCCAAGGUUACCACGAUAUCUGCCAAGUACUCCUCCUUGUUCUCCCUCCUGCUACUCGCACUCCCUCAGUUGCCCGGCUUUCCGCACUUCGAAUUCGCGACUUCAUGCUUCCAACUCUAUCUCCAGCUCUCGCACAACUUCGCCUUAUUCCAUCCAUCAUAAAUACCGUCUCUCCUGCUCUAUGCACUCAUCUCUCGCAGACCCAACCAUUCUUCGCUCUCUCUGGUACCCUUACAAUGUACGCGCAUGAUAUACAAGAAUAUGGUGAUAUCGCCCGACUGUUCGACGUUCUAUUGGCACGAGAGACUGUCUUUUCUGUCUAUAUGUUUGCACAAAUUGUUCUUUCGCGCUCCGAAGAGCUUUUCGAGACACCUGGCGAUGAACCGGAAAUGCUACAUUCUAUACUUUCGAAACUACCUAAACCUCUCGAUCUCGAAUCUCUUAUUUCCAAUACGGUCAAAUUAUUUGAGGAGCAUCCGCCUGAAACCUUACCCUCCUGGAGAUCGAUAUCUCCAUCUAGCGUCCUCAAAACCGCACGUUGGUCUGAUCAGGUCACAAAACAGAGCCUUUCAGAUGGACAGAGAUAUUUCGCGCAACAAGUUAAGGAAUUGCAGUGGGCUGCGAAGCGUGAUGAAUUAUUAAAGAUGAUGUGGAGAUACAGACGGCCUGCUAAGGCUGUUGGUGUUGCAGUUUUGGUCGGAAUUUUCUCAUAUCAUUGUUUACCUAGGUCAAAUGUAGUAGGAAGACGCUGGACGUCUAUAUUUGGGGUUUUUUGGGAAUUACUUGGCGGCGGUUACAAUGGCCAUUGAAAUAUAGAUCGGGCGGGGUCUACUGACUGUGUAUAAGGUCUCUGAGGUAUCAGGUUAUUGGGAAUGGAGUAUAGACGGGUUCAUUGAUGGUUGGGUGGAGCAUGAUUUCUUCUACAGCGUAGAUUAUUUCCGGCUCUAUUCCUGACAUAAUAAAAGUUUUUUGUUUUUCUGCAC